AUGAUUACUGCCCUGCCUGACUUUGUCAAUGAUAGCAUAGAGGUUUCGAGCAAUGCGCUCGGCUCGAGAGUCCUUGCCGUGUCAGACGACUUCUUUGCAGACGCUUGGCAGCUUCUCCAGCCUCACGAUCCGGUGAAUCUCAAAGGGCAAUUUGGUCCAAAGGGAGCGCUAUUUGACGGCUGGGAGAAUGCUCGCCAUUGCCCUACUUUCAAUUGGGUCAUCAUCCGUUUGGGCUCGCCAGCAGGCGCAUCUUUGCUCGGCUUCGACAUUGACACGCGACCAUUCGAUGGCAACGAGGGUCCGGCAGGCUCGGUAGAAGCGCUCUUCCUGCCUGAAUUGCCUGAUGAGGACGUACCCAGCGCGAGCGACACACGCUGGGUCAGCGUUCUCCCGCGCAAGCCACUCGGGCCUGCUUCGCGACACUUCUUCAGACUCGACAGGCUGCAUGGACCUUUCACUCACCUCAAGCUAUGCAUGUAUCCAGACGGAGGAUUUGGCCGCUUCCGCGCCUACGGCGUCAUAUCACCUCCUUUGCUGCGUAGCAUCACGACACCUAUCGACCUAGCACAUGUGCUCAACGGCGGUAGAUGUGUUGCAGUCAGCGACCAACACUUUGGCGUCGGCAAGAAUCUCAUCUUGCCCGGUCGGGGCAAGGAUAUGGGUGACGGCUGGGAAACGAAGCGCAGCAGGGGCGGCGAUCAUACCGAUUGGGCCAUUCUUAAGCUAGGCGCGCCCUGUCAUCUCUUACAUGCCGAGAUCGAUACGGCUCAUUUCAAGGGCAACUUUCCCGAAUCGUGCACUCUAGACGCCUGCGUAUGCCAAGAGACUGUUCCAAGCAACGCCAGGUGGACAUCAGUCUUAGGACGCGUCAAACUUGGCCCACAUCGACAGCAUCAAUUCCAGCUCGAGCCUGCUGCGCGGCAGACUGCGUGGACACAUGUGCGCUGUACAAUCUUCCCAGAUGGCGGAAUCAAGCGGCUUCGCUUGUAUGGGCUCCCAUCUCGCGAGGAUGGACGAGAGCCUGAUUUCCUCGGUGCCAUUACUGGUACAUCGCAAGUCGCGUCAUCUCUCCAAGCCGUGGCUCCUGUCGAUGCGCACACACCGAGCGAGCCGCUGAUCGUUGCCCUGACCCUGACGGCGGAGACGUUUGCGCCCUACGGAAGCGUCAUUCAAUCCUACGCAGAUCACGCAGCCGCGCCAAGAGGCCUGAGGAUUGUCCUGGCCAACGGCGGCACAGCGGAAAAGUUCAACAACCUUGCUCCGGUUCAUUAUGGGCGUCCUCGCUCGGGUGAGCAAGCGGAAUUGAAUUCUUGCGUAUACCGCUGUCAACCUGAGAUGUUCACCAAGCAAGAGCCGUGGACAGUCAAGGUCUUAGAACGACAUCAGUACUCUUCUCAGUCAUUUGUGCCCAUCUCAUUGCCCGCGAACGGUCGAUAUCUCGUCAUUGUUGCUCAGGACAAGGGUGGCAAGCCAGACCUGACAAGCUUACGAGCCUUCCUUGCUGGCGGUUCUCAGGGCAUCAGUUAUGCGGCUAAUGUCUGGCACCACCCGAUGAUCGCACUUGACACUGUCACCGAUUUCACAUGCUUAGUCUACGAGACUGGCAUUGCAUCGAUAGACUGCGAAAUCCUGGAGUUCCCAGACGGUCUGGCAACCGUUGUGAUGCCAUAGAAGUUUGCAAUGGCUACAAACCUAAGCGGUCGGGAGGCUCUACGCCCGCGGAUGGACUGCUCUCGCUGCCUGUCGUAUCCUCCUUGAGCACCUGCUGGGCUGACUUUGGCUUUGGCGCUGAUUCGCUGGCCUCCUCGACCGGGUCGGGAGUCGCUUUGACUGGUU